ACGCAGGGCCACGUCCGCGGGUUCUGAGGGCUUCAGUCGGGCAGGAGGCGCCGCCGCGGGGCCGCCGCUCCACGAGCUGGAGCUGGACGAAAGCAAAAAAAUUUUCACCAUUUCCUUUAACUUUUGUUCAUUGAAGCAACAAAGGACAGGGAAGAAAACAAGACAUGGAUUUAGAUGCUAUUACAAAAUACUCAGCGUUACAUGCCAAGCCCGAUGGACUCGUUCUUCAGUAUGGGACUGCUGGCUUUCGAACAAAAGCAGAACAUCUUGAUCAUGUCAUGUUUCGCAUGGGAUUAUUAGCUGUCCUGAGAUCAAAACAGACAAAAUCUACAAUAGGAGUCAUGGUAACAGCAUCACAUAAUCCCGAGGAAGACAAUGGGGUAAAAUUGGUUGAUCCUUUGGGUGAAAUGUUGGCACCCUCCUGGGAGGAACAUGCUACCUGUUUGGCAAAUGCUGAGGAACAAGAUAUGCCAAGAGUUUUGAUGGACAUCAGUGUGAAAGCAGCCGUGAAUCUGCAACAAGAUGCCUUCGUAGUGAUUGGUAGAGAUACCAGGCCCAGCAGUGAGAAACUUUCACAGUCUGUAAUAGAUGGUGUGACUGUUUUAGAAGGUCAAUUCCAUGAUUACGGCUUGUUGACGACGCCCCAGCUGCACUACAUGGUGUACUGUCGAAAUACCAGUGGCCAAUAUGGAAAGGCAACCAUAGAAGGUUACUGCCAGAAACUCUCUAAAGCCUUUACGGAGCUUACCAAACAGGCUUUCUGCAGUGGAGAUGAAUAUAGAUCACUUAAGGUUGACUGUGCAAAUGGCAUAGGGGCCCUGAAGCUGAGAGAAAUGGAACACUACAUUUCCCAGGAGCUGUCAGUUCAGCUACUUAAUGAUGGGACGAAAGGGAAACUCAACCAUUUAUGUGGGGCUGAUUUUGUGAAAAGUCAUCAAAAGCCUCCACAGGGAAUGGAAAUGAAGCCUAACGAAAGAUGUUGUUCCUUUGAUGGAGAUGCAGACAGAAUUGUUUAUUACUACCUUGAUGUAGAUGGUCACUUUCAUCUCAUAGAUGGAGACAAGAUAGCAACACUAAUUAGCAGCUUCCUUAAAGAGCUCCUAUUGGAGAUUGGAGAAAGUUUGAAUAUUGGUGUUGUACAAACUGCGUAUGCAAAUGGAAGUUCAACACGGUAUCUUGAAGAAGUUAUGAAGGUGCCUGUCUAUUGUACUAAAACUGGUGUAAAACAUUUGCACCACAAAGCUCAAGAGUUUGACAUUGGAGUUUAUUUUGAAGCAAAUGGGCAUGGCACGGUACUGUUUAGUAAAGCUGCUGAAAUAAGGAUAAAACAACUAGCAAAAGAAUUAGAAGAUAAGAAAAGGAAAGCCGCUAAGAUGCUUGAAAAUGUUAUUGAUUUGUUUAAUCAGGCAGCUGGUGAUGCUAUUUCUGACAUGCUGGUGAUUGAGGCAAUCUUGACUCUGAAGGGCUUGACUGUACAACAGUGGGAUGCUCUUUAUAUGGAUCUUCCAAACAGACAGCUCAAAGUUAAGGUUGCAGACAGGCAAGUUAUCAGCACCACUGAUGCUGAAAGACAAGUAGUUACACCUCCAGGCCUACAGGAAGCAAUCAAUGACCUCGUGAAGAAGUACAAGCUUUCCCGAGCUUUUGUCCGGCCUUCUGGUACAGAAGAUAUCGUCCGAGUAUAUGCAGAAGCAGACUCACAGGAAAAUGCAGAUAGCCUUGCACACGCAGUGAGCCUGGCAGUAUUUCAGCUGGCUGGAGGAGUUGGAGAACCACCCCAACCAGGGAAAAUUCACGAGGGCUGCUGGAAAAUUAAACCUUAUUAUCAGCUCCUUGGAACGUCUUUUCCAUCGUCGUAACCUAAUCAUGCUGUUUUGGAGGAUUCACCACUGUUAAUACAAAUGAGGAGGGUGGAGAAGACUUCAUACAACCAAUUUUUCCACAGCAAAAUUCAGAAUGAUUUUUAAAUGACUUACCUCUUGAAUGAACAUCACCAGGAAUUCAGAGGUGUGAUACAGAGGCUGUGCAUCUCUGUACUGAGGUUGAGAUGCUUGUGCUGCAUUUAGGAGGAUGCAUGGCCCAGGCUCCAGUUAUUCUUUACUCUUCUUAGGAAUGUAUGUGAGAUAAAAUUGUCAUACAUUACUAUGCCUCCAACAGAGAAGCGACACCAUUCUGAUACUAGAAUGUGGUUAAUAACAGAAAGAGCGCAACAGAUCUAAAUUAAAGCCUGAAACCAAUAGCAAAAAAUGUGCAGUGUGUAUUUUGCAGGUUUAAGACAACUCAGGACAGUAAAACAACGGACUAUAUAUGUAUAUAUAGAUCUCUCUCAGGCACCAUAAUCGAUAUGAGCCAACAAUAUUUAAACUUGAUUCA